CCUGCCUGCUGCAGUUUACCAUCGCAACAGUAGGAGUCUGCGAAUAACAAGAAGAAUGCCCUAAGCCAUCCCGAUCAGGGCAAAAUUUGAUCUUUUGUCUUCUAGAAUUUUAUAAAACCACUACACUUACAACACAAACAAGAGGCCAAGAACCAUCAUCAUCAUCGAUCGCGGCUUCCCAGCAGCCGAUCGAUGACGAUCGCGCUUACUCUCGCGAGUGCGUGAUCUCCCAGCUAACCGGACGCACAUAAGGCACGUAUGCACUAGAUAUUGGGCAAUUUAAAAACUGAAGGCCGAUCGUUGAUUGAUUACCCUAGCACAAAACACAACAUGCACACCCACCGAUUAUGUUUAUGCUCAUCAUCACAUCAACAUACCGGACCGACAUCAACCAUGCCAGCACCAAACUAAUUUCCCGAUGGGGAAAUCAAGUCGAGCAGCCACCCUGGCGACGCCCCGGUACUCACUCUCCAAUCUCUUAUCGGCCGACGCCAACUAGAGCCGUGAGUGAUAAAGCGAGGCGCGAUCGGUCAGGCAAUAUAGCCGAUCGUCGCCCGCGGAUCGUCAUCAGUCACUGGUUUAUCGUAAAGGAGACCGCGUCGAUCGUCAACCCGAUAUAUUUUCCGCCAGACGAUCGACCUGAAGAAGAAGUUUAGUUCGAGGAAUUUCUGUGGUGAAAACCGUCUCACCAGUGAGGAAGAACAAGGCGUGGAAGAAUAACCGCACUGGAGUGCGAGGUGCCGCGACACCGUAAAUUGGUCGUGGUGGAGAGUGAGGUGGCGUCUACGAUCAGCAUGGAAAGCAUGGCCAUGCUGGAGUAGAUAGGAGUACUUGAGAUCGGCCUUCAUUUCCUGUUUCACAAGCUGAAUUCCAUCAUGGCUGGAGCCGUGGUGUGGAGCAGUGCGCUGCUGUGCAUUCCUGCCGACUGGACGGCGGGGCUAAUGUACCGGAUGGCCGGCGUUCACGCCGGUGACCAAGCUGGGUUCUGCCCGGGCAGCAACGUUGUUCCGGAUCGUCGAGGGAUACACGGGGGUCACACACACACACAGGUUUACACCCGCAACUCUAGAUUUAAGGACGCCAACUAGGUUUAGUUCGCCAAUAUAGAUGAUUAUGUGAUCAAUUCAAGAGAUCGCCAACGAUGGAAUAGUGUACACACACAAGAAUUGAUGAAAAGUGAUAAAAUUGAAACAUAAAACUGUAAAUAGAUCGUUUUGAUUGGGAUUAAUUUGAUUUUUCUCCCAGAUGUAGUUGAGGUUGAAGUGAUCAUGAGAAUUUUUUGUAAAUAUUUUCAAUACGAGAAGUGAUGGGAGGAAAUUUUGUAUAUUUUGUACAUUUGUAUAUAUGAUUUUUUUUUGGCUGUAAAUAAAUGAUGAAUUUGAACUUGCAUGAAUCUUAACUAUUUUUAGAAGAAAACAAAAAAAAGAAGAAGUUUUGCAGGAUGAAACCGGCCUCGCUGGAGACUUGAGUCCAAGACGAUGACGGUCAGUAAUAGGAUCUUGAUUGGAUCUCGAAUUCGGUCAAGAUAACCUGGAAACAGCGCUGAGUCACUGACGAUGACGCCCUAUGACCCCGAGGAGUAACGAUUUAUCGGAGGUUGAAGCUUGUCUGACUGAUUCUUACCAAAAAACAUUAGAACUUUUAGAAUUUUGCAUGAAUAUUUAUUAUUUUAAUUCUAGUAAAUGGUGGAUUUGGAAAUGAAGCAGGAUGAAGGCCGAUUCUCAAAGUAUCGUUCAUGUAAACAGUUUUUGUUGGAAAAGUUUAAUUUUUUGUGUGAGUGAUUUGGAAAUCUAUUCAAUCAUUUUUAUCUUAUUUAUUUAUUUAUUUUUUUAAAUUGUGCUUGUGAAAGAUUAAGUGAAAAAGGACACUAUGGCUGAAGAAGGAGAGGAAAUUUUCUUGACCUCAUCUGAGACCAGUGCUACGGAAUCAUCGGGUAGUGAGAGCGAAACUGAAAGUAGUGAUAGUACGGGUGAAAGUGUUAAAAGUUCUAGUCCGGUGAUGAGUAUUAAGAAAAUGAACCCCAAGCAGAUCAAAAGGUUGACAAUUUCGCCGAGAUUUAUGAGGAAAUUAUCUGAAGUUUAUGCAAGCAAAUCACAAGAGCAGAAGAAAAGGUGCGAAAAAGAUGAUCCAGCAAAGAAGAAAAGUCCCAUCCCUGAUCCUCCCCCGCCACCACCAAAACCUAAACCAAAUUCCCCAAAAUCCGAUCCCCCAAAACCUGAUCCUCAAAAACCCGAAUCAUCAAAAUCAAAACCAUCCAAAGAUAAGAAGAGUAAGAAGAAAUCGAAAUCUAAAGAUGAUAAGGGAGGUGCACCUGAUUUGGAUCUUGAUAAGCCACCUAAUUUAGAUGAUGUUAAGCCGGUUGACUCUGAAAAACUUUUGCCACCUGGAUUUAACAUAAAAUCAGCUUCUUUUGAUAAUGUUAAUUUUUCAAAUAAUCCGUUGUUUUACAACAUGAACACUUCUGGUAGGGCGAAUAAGAAGACUUUGCCAAUAUCGCAGUGGCCUAUCAAAUACAGUGGCACGGACAAUGGUAUAGGGUUAAAUUUGUUUUUGCGCAGAGUAGAAUUUUUUGCUCAUUCUGAGCGGGUGACUAAAUCAGAGCUUUUUGAGUCAGCACAUUUGUUACUGGUUGGGCCAGCUCAGGAUUGGUUUGUUUCGAAGUGGCCGACUUUUAGGAAUGAAGAUUGGGAUUUUUUCAUUCAUGCUUUGAGACAUCAAUACCUGCCGAACAACAUUGAUCAUUACAUCAAAGUGAGAUCGUUUUCUAUGUCACAAAACAAAAAUGAAACUUUUUCAAACUUUUUGGUCAGGAUGGAGCAGUUCUUUUUGUGCCGAACUACACCACUAGCUGAGGAGGACAAAUUUGAUAUUAUUUGGCACACCAUGAAGUGGCACUACAGGGACAGGUUGGCGCUAAUCAAGAGAAAGGGAAUGAGCAUCAAUGAGCUGGAAGAUCUGUGUGGCAGAAUUGAUAAUUGUAAUGAAGGGUUGAUGAAUCGUCUUAUACAGUCGUUUGAUAACCAAAAUAUUCACGAAAUCAUUACGGAAGGACCAUCUACGAGUUACAAACCGCAAGAACCUCAUGAGCGUGGAAAAAAUCAACAAAAUCAGAGCCAGGUAGUUAAUCAAAGUCGUGAGAACAGUCAUGUAGGUCAAUCAACAACAAGAAAUAAUCAAACAAAUCAACAAAAUAGUAACCGAUACAAUCAAACAAACCAAAAUGCCACAAGAAAUAGUCAGUUUAACCAAAAUCAAUCAAAUACAGGUCAGUCAAGUUCAUACAAUCAAAACAACUAUAGAAACAACCAGCAACAACAACAAAAUUACCAGAAUACAAACAGAAAUCAAAGUACUCAAGAAAGAGGAAGAACGCAAGAAGAGUUCUAUCCAGAGAAUGGUUGGAGAUCGUUGAAUAGGGAACAAAUUUUGCAUUAUUACAAACAACCUGAUGGUCGUAUUUGUUUAAAUUGUCGUAAGUUUGGACAUCAUUUUAGUACUUGUUAUUCUCGUCGCAAUGUUUUUUGUUGUAUUUGUGGUUUGCCAGAAUUUCACUAUGAGGAGUGUCCGUUCUGUGAAGAAAAAAACAGGCGAAGGGAAAAUUGAAGGAGGUGGUUUUCCCCUCCCCCGCAAAUCCUCCAGUUUGUAGAACUGAACCGAUGAUAGAUUUAUUUCAGCAAAUAGCAGAUGAAGUUGAUGUGGGUGGAGAGUGUGCGUCUGAUUCAGAGCAUUCUGAUAUGGAAUAUGAAAGGACAUUUGAAAGUGUGAAUGAAGUUUGUGUUGAUUUUAGUGGCGAUCAGCGAUAUUUUCUAAAAUUCAAUGUUUUAGGGUUGCAACUGCAUGGAUUGUUAGACAGUGGUAGUAAUGUGUCAAUUGUAGGAGAAAAUUUUGGAAAUCUUACUAGCUUUUUGGAGAUUCAACCGUUAGAGAAUGAGAUUUCAAUUUCGACAGCGAGUGGUGAUCCGAUGGAAGUUUUAGGUUUUGUUGAUGUACCUUUUAAUGUGGAUAGAGUUACUAAAAUUUUACCUUGUUUA